UGGUCCCAUCAAGUGUUACCGGGUGUAGGUGUAAGCAGGCAGCUACCAACGCCGAAGCACAAACGGGGUUUCGAUUUUCAGUUUCCUUUCAACUACUGCAGAAUACACGCACACCCAACUGCCUGAUCUGAUAAUGACGUCAAUGGCGAACAGCUUCUUCACCAAAUCACCCUCUUCUUUUUCAUGCCGUCGAACUCCUCUUCUCCAUUCUCCGACGAGCUUCCCCAUUCUCUCUCACUUCAAGAAAGGAGUUUGGGGACAAAGAUUUGAACUACUUAAACUGAACUGCAAAUCUGAGGAAUGCAAUUUAUGUGAAGAUUCCGUCCGAUCUUUGCAGCCACCGUCUUCUUCCUCUGUUAUUCCUGGCGAAGAUGAUUGGAGCAUUUCAUCAAACAGAUGGUGUGCGGCUCUUGGAGGCAUUGGAUUUUUGGAGACUGCGUAUUUGACUUACCUGAACAUCACCGAUUCGGAUGCCUUCUUCCCCACUGAAUGGGGCUCUUCCACCACCAUCCUUACCAGUGCUCAUCUUCCGCUGUUCGGGAUGGCUGCAUAUGGGUUGUUCUUCAUCUCCCUAAAGAAUUUUGGUUUCGAUAAGAUUAAGAAAACGUUUGGUUCACAGUGCGUAACUAGCUUGGUUAUCAUUGCCUUGAUCACAUCGUGUAUUGUUGUGCAACCUGUCCCGUCAAGCCUGGCGGAGGAAAUGCCAUAUGUUGAAACUGAGAUCACGAAAGAAUCCAGUCCGUUGGCACUUUCUCUUGCAAGACAUCUCAACUCAAUAGGUGCAAAACUAUAUGGAGCCUUCUGGUGUUCUCAUUGCGUGCAUCAGAAACAGAUGUUUGGACACGACGCGGCGAAACUGUUGGAUUAUGUAGAAUGCUACCCAGACGGAGUAAAAGCAGGAGCUCAAAUGGCUAAAGCCUGUACUGAAGCUAAUCUUGAUGGUUUCCCUUCCUGGGAAAUAAACGGCCAGUUUUUUAGUGGAACGAAGCAGUUCCCGGAGCUUGCUAGAUUAUCCGGAAUCAAACUUGAAGAUUUAAGCCAACAAAACUAAGGUUUCCCUUUUUCUCUUUCAGUCAGUUUAAGCAAACAUUGAUCCAAAAGUUUCGAAGAAACUCCUGCCAGAGGAAUUAACUUGACAACGGGAUUGAAUGGUAUACAUCGCCAUUAAUUAUCGUUUAUCGAGUCUGAGUAUUCCUACUAAAAAACAGGCGUCAAAUAAGUUCUGAAUAUCCCACGACUUCAAACACGGUAGUAAUCAAGAUUCCUAUUCAAUAAUUGUUUUUUGUUGCAAUUUUAUCAGUAAGUUUUGAUUUGAGUAGUCAGUAAAACUACAUGCUGAAGGUGAAAC